AUGGUCAAACAGAUCCUACUAACCCUCCUCUUCCUAAUCCUCCUCGCCCGCCCCUCCCUCGGCCGGAGCUCACACCUCAUCCACCUCCGGUGGCCGGACCUCUACCCGCCCUCUCUCGCCUGGGACCCCAAAGCCGACCACUUCCUCCUCCCCUCCCUCCGCCACCCCCACCUCGUCUCCGUCUCCGACGCCGGCGUAUCCUCCGCCCUCCUCUCCGACGAAUCCCUCCCACCCAACUCCUCCUUCCUCGCCGUCUCCCUCGACCCCCGCCUCCGCCGCCUCCUCGUCGUCGUCCGCAGCCCCACCCCGCCCCUCUCCGCCCUCGCCGCCUACGACCUCCCCACCUCCCGCCGCCUCUUCCUCGCCCCGCUCGACGGCCUCAUCCCCUCCCCCGCCGCCGCGAGCCACGUAGCCGCCGACUACUCCGGAAACGCCUACGUAACCGACUCCGCCAACGGCGCCGUCUACCGGGUCACCGAGCGGGGCGAGGCCACGGUUCUGUCCAGAUCCCAAGCCUUCCUCUCCGGAUCCGGAGACGGCGGGCUCAACGGCGUCGUGUACAACUCCAAGGGCUACCUCCUGGUGACCCAAUCGAGCACGGGGAAGCUGUUCAAAGUCAACGCCGACGACGGCACGGCGAGGCGCGUGAUCCUGAACAGGGAUCUGACGGGUGCCGGCGCGAUCGCCACCCGGCGCGACGGCGUGGUGGUGGUUGUCUCGAGGCAGAAGCUGUACUUCGUGAAGAGCGACGACAGCUGGGGGGAGGGGGUGGUGUUUGACGAAACUGCCCUCGACGAGGCGGGACAUGCCAGUGGCGUGGCGGUAGCGGCGGAGGGCCGUGUGUACGUGGUGUACGGCCACGUGGGCGAGGGCAUGAUGGGAAGUUCCGGCCGGGAGGAGUUCAGCAUAGUGGAGGUGAGGUCGGAGGUUGAAGGCAAAGAUGAGAAUGUGUGGAUAUUUGUUCUUCUUGGGCUUGGCUUGGCUUAUUUCUUGUAUUGGAGAUUCCAGAUGAAACAGCUUGUGCAGAAUAUGGACAAGAAAACUUCUUGA